AUGGCUCAGCCUCUCCCUGUCCCUGUUAUCAUCAGGAUCGGCGUCACUGCAGACAGAUACAUCUUCUAUGUCUCACCUACCAUUCAGGACUACCUGGGAUUUCAUCAGUCAGACAUUAUCUACCAGAGCAUGUUUGAGCUGAUCCACACAGAUGACAGGGCUGUGUUCUGUUGCCAGCUGCACUGGUCCCUGAACCCCCCAGCAUUCAGGGAAGCUGAGCAGGACUCCAGCUCUCUGCCUGUGAGUGAGAGACCUCUGCACAGUGGUACCUCCAAGUCUGAACCUCAGCACCUGUCCCUGGAGAAUUCUUCCUUCCUGGAGGGAAACUUUGUCUGCUGACUCCGCUGUCUGCUGGACUGUUCUUCAGGGUUCAUGGCUUUGGAUUUCCAUGGUUGCCUGAAAUUCCUUCAUGGGCAGAAUAAAAAAGCUGAAGAUGGAUCCCUCAUGCCACCUCAGCUGGCCCUGUUUGCUAUAGCAAUGCCCCUGCAGCCUCUCUCCAUCCUGGAACUACAGGUGAAGAUAUAUAUUUUUCAGACCAAACAUAAGCUGGACUUCACACCAAUGGCUUGUGAUGCUAAAGGGAAGGUGCUUCUGGGUUACACAGAGACUGAGCUCUGCAUGACAGGCUCUGGAUACCAGUUUAUCCAUGCAGCAGACAUGAUGUAUUGUGCUGAAAAAGAUGUAAGAAUGACAAAGAUGGGUGAGAGUGGAAUGACCAUCUUCAGGCUGCUCAACAAGAAGGCUGGCUGGCUCUGGGUCCAGGCCAACGCCAUGCUCAUGUACAAAGGAGGCCAGCCAGACUGCAUCAUUGCUCGGCAGAGGUCUCUACUGAACGCUUCCUAUGAGCUGGGGAAUGAAGAAGGUGAGGAUCACCUGCACAAGUGGGCCACCUCAUCGCUGCCCUUUAACUUUGCCACGGGGGAGGCUGGACUGUAUGAGAACAACCACCCAGGCUUCCUCAGCUCUCUCCCUCCAAGGAAGGGGUUCAAGGCAAAGAAAGAAGCUUUUCUUGACCAUGACUCAGCCAACCCCAAUUCCCUCGUGGGAGCCAUGAUGCAGCAAGAUAAAUCUGCAUACAUUUCGCUGACUGUUCCUGCAUCCUCAUUCCCCUUUACAGAUGUUAAGCAAGCCCCCAGGGAAUGGUGUGCCAAUGACAAGAGUGGGAAGAUCAUCAAAGAUGAGAUGGAUUCCUUUUGA